UGCAGGUUCAUCCCGUCUCCGCCGGCCGAGCGUAUUCUGUCAGCCGACAGCGGUCCGCCCUGCCGGAGGGGUGAAGGGAGGCUGGCGACAUGGAUGUUAACCAGCCCAAGCAGGAGCACUUGCUGGCUCUGAAAGAAACCAAUAUAAUCUGUGGGCUCAUGUUGAAUUUGGUGCAGUGUCCAGGCUGUAAGAAGACAAAAAAGUGAAAAAAGAAGUAAAAAAGGUCCUGUUUUCCACUGAUCUUUGCAGCAUGGGGCAAGGAAAGUCUUGUAAAUAAGAUGUUUCAGUCUAGAUUUGAGUAUCCUGAUCAAGAGGCUGUUCAUAUUCUUAAGAAUAACUGGAUUCCUCCUGUGCAAGCAUGGAAGUAAUCUUGCAUUAUCGACCACAUCAGAGAGAUCUAAUAAAACUGCAGAAAUUUGCAGAAGCAGCAGUGAAAGAGUUUCCCAUUCGUCACUUACCAAGAUUUGCACCCUGGUUUCCAAAUGACUUAUACAGACUUACCCUCAAGCCAAAAAAGCGGCCACCUGUUAUUUCUUGUGAGGAAGCAGAAGAAUUGAAACAGCUUUCUACGCCUUCAGAAUACGUUACAGGAUCUCCUGAUUAUGACUGCACAAAAAAUCUCCUUGAGUUUCAGUCUAACAUGAAAUACGGGCAGACUUUAAUCCAAGCACAAACUGUUCACAGGCCAAUCAACCUGGAGAAUCAAGGAGAAUCACCAUGUAAUGGAAAACAAAAAUUGAAAAGGUCUUGGAGUGUCUCUCUGCCUAACCCUAAGCUUAAAGAAAAGAUUCUUCCUUUAUCUCAAGAACUACAAAAUAAUUUGGAAAGACUAAAACUGCAUGCAUUUUAUAGAGCAAAGUGGGCAAUUGAACAAUCUAAUUGUAAUAAUCAGAAUUUGGAGGACAUCUGGAUAAAAUUGAAUAAACUCAUCAGGCAGAAUGAAUUACCAUAUUGCAAUGCUACUUUCCAAAGAUCUGUAGGACAGAUAUGGAUUUUCUGUGAUAUAUUAUACUGUGAAUAUGUUAGAAAUAUUCUUAGGGAAAAGCUAAGCCUUACUGAUAAAAUGAAUUUGCUUGUCCAUAAAUUUGGAAUUAUAUUUAGUUUAUAACUGUAAAAUAGAAGUUCAUAAUUGUAUGGUAAUAAAAUCGCUGUCUGAAGUACUAGAGCCUUUAAAUAGUUUAGAAUAUACAAACUUUAGAACAAUUUAUAAAAUUAUGAGCAAAAAAUCUACUUAGUAUUACUUUGCUAGAGUUUUUUAACUAUGUUUGUUUAACUUUGUUUUGCCCGGAGACUUAUGAAUGGUUCUAUUAAGGUUAGUAAGUUUCUGUUUGGCUUAGUACUGCAUUUCAUAGCUUUUUUUUCUACCUCAGUAGUCAAAAGGGAAAAAAUGAAAAUAAAAAUUCCAGGCUACUAUUGCAAGCUGUAUCAGACAAUAAAACUUGCUUUCAGUGAAGCAAAGUACAUCCUCACUAUGCUUCUUUGAAACUAGGGGAAAGAAAAAUAUUUUAAAGUGAGUAUAUAAGGAUCUGUAUAUGUAGGAUCUUAUAGACUGCUGUAAGGAUCUGUAAUUAUUUUUGAUACUGAGACUUUCAAGACCUGAUUAUUUCCUGAAAGUAGUGUGUGGAUUUUUUAAAUGAAGGCAUAGCCCUUGCAUGAAAAACAUACUUACUUUCUAUUGCAUGUCUGUGCUGUCUUAGUAACGUUAUCUGUAUUUUCCCAGAAAUAUUAAUGAAAGUUUCAGCGGAAGCAGUGUGCUGAAAAACAACGAACAACUUAGUAUUUGCUGCUUUAUUACUUUAGUAGUAAGAUUUCUUUUCCCCUGGAGUUUCUGGCCUUCUGUCUCUAAUUGUAUUGGGGAACAAGGAAGCACUAACUUCCAGCUACAGGUCAGGAAAUUAAGAAACCAUAUUUCUAUCUGUAAAUUUCUGUUGUCACUAUGGAAGGUCUCUGAGGAUUUGAAUGUGUUUUAUGGUGAUAAAAGGCUGAGUUCAGCAUGACUUCUUGUCACCUGAGAGAAUAAAGUGUUCCAAGGUCAUGCUGUCCCUGCUCAGUGCAAUGUUUGGAAGGUCAGUAGAGCAGUUAAACUGGGGUUGGUAUGACUGCAAGGGUAUGUAUUUCUCUUAGGCACUCUGACUAAUUCCAGCUUUGCUGUAGCUGGAGGUCAUGGUCUGUGGCAUCUGAAAAAGAGGAAAAAUUAGUCACUGGUAUUUGUGGAUUGUUAGAGUAUCAUUAACACUGUUACACUUAUGUGUACUUUUAUUUGAUCAGAGAUCUGCAUGUGUAAAUAAACUAAGUAAAAUCC